AUAAUCUGAAAUUGUCCGGUAAAAUAUUUAGUGCGGCGGGGAGACGGCCGAAGGCCGGUCCGUAAUUAGAUUUCAUUUGUUUUAUCUGAAACGUGUUUCAAAUCAAACACGAUGGCUGACAACAGCAACUCUACGUUGGAGAUGGGGACCAGCGACCAGGUCCUGGUCGCAACCAAGCGGAAGAAGACACUAAGUUACCUCAUCGGGUUCGUCGCCAUGGUGGUUGCUAUAGCAGUGGUGGUCACUCUGGUGGUUGUCCUAUCGGGCAACGAAGGAGGCGAGGCUUCGCCCAUUGAAGGUCCCGAUGCCCCCACGACGUACAUACCACCUCCCCCUACGCAAACCACGACCGCCGCUGCGACAACCGAAGGAGACUAUUCAACUUCAGAAGCACCUACAACGGAACUGCCACCUAGUCCAUUAGAGCUACAGGAUAUUAUAGAUGGAUUGUAUUCUCCACCGUCUUUUAAUGCCUCUUGGGCGUCAGGUAGCAAAGUGUUGUUCCGAAAUGUUAAUGGCGAUCUGGUGCAAUACGACGUGGAGACCGACAGCACCAUGACCCUCGUCCAGAAUUCCUCACAGAUCUUACAAGCAUCAGGGCGAGUGAGGCAGUUGUCUGCAGACGGCAAUUACGUCAUGCUGGCAUACAAUAUUGCACCGGUUUACAGAUACAGUUUCCUCGCUCGAUACGCCGCCGUGAACAUUCAAUCCAGUACACCAGUGGACAUCCUUCCUCCGGAGAUCGAUGCCGAAGAGGCUUUCCUCCAGAACCUGGUAUGGGGCCCGUCAGGAACUGCCCUGGCCUUCGUAUACAGAAACAACAUCUACUACCAGGAGAGCUUGACAGCUGUUCCAAGGCAAAUGACUACUACUGGACAGCUGAAUGUCAUCUACCACGGCAUCCCUGAUUGGGUUUAUGAAGAGGAAGUAUUCGGUUCAAGCAAUGCUAUCUGGUUCUCGACGGACGGCACCAAGAUGGCGUACGUGACUUUCGACGACUCCGGCGUCAGAGUCAUGAGGGUCCCUCACUACGGCGUGCCUGGAUCUGUGAACUACCAGUACACACAGCAUCACGAAAUCCGAUACCCUAAGUCUGGUACCGACAACCCGACAGUUAGUGUUACACUGUUGGAUCUUCAGUCUAACCAGCCCACGACCUACCCAGCCCCUACUGACCUCAACCAGCCCAUUCUCAAGACGGUGAGAUUCGUGAACAAGGACACUAUCGCCCUCAUGUGGACGAACAGAAUACAGACAAUCCUUAGAGUACAGCUCUGCACAAUUGGACAGAGUACUUGCACACUGAUUUACCAGUAUGAGGAAGUUGACGGCUGGAUCGACAACAUUCCCUUGUUCUUCAACGAGGACGGCACUUCUUUCAUCACCAUUUUACCUCAAGCUGUUGAUGGAGUCCGGUACAAGCAAAUCGUGCAGGUAUCUGAACCAUCCGGUACCCAAACCGGCUUGUGGACCGCACAGAACCGCAUCAACCUGGCUCACACCGUGCUGGAGAUCCUCACUUGGACCUACGAUGAUGUCAUCUGGUACAAGGCCACCAGCGUAGAAGACUCGGCUGAGCAGCACAUCUACUCUUCGAACGCCAGCGGCGUGACGUGCUUCACGUGCAACAUCCGUCGCGAGGACGGAGGCGAGUGUCUCUACAACGAGGCUGAGAUCACAGACUCCGGGGACUGGAUCAGCAUCAACUGCGCUGGACCUGAUGUACCUCAAGUCUUCAUUUAUAACACUAACGGCACUCUGGUGCACAUAUGGGACGACAGCGCGGAGCUGUCUGCCGCGGUGUCGGGGCGCGUCCUGCCCACCACCAUCCGCCUCGCCGUGCCCACCAGCGUGGGGCUGCCCGCCGCCGACGUGCACAUCCAGGCUCCUGUCGACUACCAGAACAGAACUAAUGUGCCGCUGCUUGUCUACGUUUAUGGAGGUCCCGACACAGCUCUAGUCACCAAACAAUGGAGUCUGGACUGGGGCAGCUCUCUAGUCAGUCGCUGGGGCAUCGCCAUCGCUCACAUCGACGGCCGAGGAUCUGGUCUCCGCGGAGUCACCAACAUGUUCGCACUUAACAAGAAACUGGGUACCUUCGAGAUUGAAGACCAGAUCUCCGUCACCAAAUACUUGCAAGAAAACUUCUCGUGGUUGGAUGCCAACCGCACGUGCAUCUGGGGCUGGUCGUACGGCGGUUACGCGGCCAGUAAGGCUCUGGCUGAGGGCGGGAACGUGUUCCGCUGCGCUGCUGCCGUCGCCCCUGUUGUCGACUGGAGGUUCUACGACACGAUUUACACGGAACGUUACAUGGACUUGCCAUCAACAAACGCCGAAGGUUACGCCGUAUCUUCUCUGCUCACUGAACAAGUGGCGGAUGCUCUCCGUGACAAGAGCUACUUCUUGAUCCACGGAACAGCUGACGACAACGUGCACUACCAGCACGCCAUGCUGCUUUCACGGUUGCUGCAAAGGCGAGACGUUUACUUCACACAGAUGAGCUACACAGACGAGGACCACGGCUUAGUCGGCGUCAGGCCGCAUCUCUACCACGCACUAGAAAAGUUCCUUGAAGAGCACUUACAAUAAUACAUUCCAAAUACGCUCAGUGAUACCUCCUAGCAGAUGUACUAACGUAUUUUGAUAUUCAAAUAAAUGAUAUUAA